CUGGGCACGGCAGGUCCUGGCCUCUCCUCGGUUCAGCCGCUUUCGACUGGUCAUACACCUGGACAUGGACUGCUACUUUGCCCAAAUUGAGGCCAAGCGACUGAACCUCUCGCCGGAUGUGCCGCUCGCCGUGCGCCAGUACCACGGACUGCUGGCAUCGAACUACGCGGCACGAGCCUUCGGCAUCACGCGCAGUACCACGGCCCAGGAAGCCAAACGCCUGUGCCCGGGAAUUGCCCUGCCCCAUGCACCCCUGUGGCGCAGCAACACCAGCCCCUUCCAAUCGUCAGAUGCCAAUGCCGCCGGGCGCUGCCGGGCCGACUGCACCGACUGCGACACGGCCUUCUUCCCGUCGGACCCGGUGACCGAGCCCGGCCCGCCGGGGUCGCCGUAUGCCACGCUGGUGGCCGGGGUCGGGCCAUCUCGAGACACCCAGCGCCGGCAUGCGGCCGAUGUGGCGGCCGGCCGCGCCCAGCCAUAUACCCCGGCAGAUGCGCCCCUUCUCGAGCGCCUAGCCGAGGAGGAGAUCUCCGCCAACCGGUACCAGUGCCGAGUGCACCUGGAGCACUACCGGGCCGAGGGCCGGCGGCUGAUCAAUCUGCUCAAUCGCUUUGGUGACGUUGUUGAGAAGUGCAGCAUUGACGAGGCGUGCUUGGAUGUCACGCACCGGAUCCUGGUUGAGGCCAUUGAUCAGCUCGGUCGCGCGCCCUUCAUCGCGGCCAUGCAAUCAUCGACGCCCUACUCCGGGGCUCGGCUCCCGGUGGACUGGACACUGGUCGGCGAGUGCAUCGGCCUGCCUCAAGCCGUCCCGGGCGCCGCCCCCGAUGCAGGUCCAUCCCUGGUGGCGCUGGAGGACGUGCUCCUCCACCGGGCGGCCCUGCUUGGGCAGGAGAUCCGCGCGGCCGUCCGCUCGGAGCUCGGCCUGACCGCCUCCACCGGCGUGGCGCACAACAAGCUGCUGGCCAAGUUGGCCACCUCUUGGCGGAAGCCGGACGGCCAGUCGGUUGUCCGGGCCAGCCCGGGCAGUGGCGGCGCCCAGCCUGCAGAUGGCCACCUGGCAGAGCUCGGCGAGGUGGAUCCGGAAACCCCGGGGCCCGAUGUCCCCGGGCAAUCGGCAGUGCAGUAUGUCCUCCGGCGAUCGGAGCUCAAGUCCAUCCGAGCGCUUGGCGGGAAGCUGGGCAUGGCCCUGCAAGCGCUGUUCGGCGUGCGGGUGGCCUCCGAUGCGUGGGCCCUCAGUCGGGCGGAUCUUCGGGCGGCUCUGGUUGCCAGCGACGAUCGGAUGCAUGGCGGUGGGGAGUCCGAUGAUGAGGGCCCUGGUGGUCAUGAGGUCGACCGGAAGGGGAAUGCAUCCACCGGCGGUGGCCCGGGCAUGGGCGAGGCAGCCAUCCAGGACCGGGUGUCUUGGCUGUGGGCUCUUCUUCGGGGCCGGUGCACAGAGGUUGUCAGGUCCAAGAGGCUGCUUUCCUCCCUGACAGCCUCGCGUCAUUUGCGCCCGCCCAUCCUGAAUGCCAUCGUGCAGGACCGAUGGCAGCGUCUGUUGUCAAGUGACCUUUCACGGCGGAUAUGCGUCGAGCUGCGCGAGCAUACCCGCUGGCCACGGGCCUUUUCGGUGGCCUUUGCUCUUGAGGGUGUUGGGCCUCUUUUUCGUCGGUCGGUCCCCUUCCCUCAUGCGCCGAUGUCGAUGCUGCGCCUGCUGCUGGGUGCAAAGCACAGCUCGGAUGCCGAGAAGGCGGCUGGGGAGGAGAAGCUCCCGGAGGAGCAUUUGUCGCUCACCUCGGUUCAGCUCAACCGCGAGCUCUUCCUGAUUAUCGAGCCGAUCGUCCGGCGGCUAACGCAGGAGCUCUUCCACAAGUUCAAAAAGCUCUUCCCCUGCACCUUCAUGGCUCUUGGAGUGACCAACUUCGCUCCGCUAACGGCCUUGUCCGAGUCGCCGGCGGUGCUCCUGUGCGCCGUGCCGGUGGACGAGCUGCCGGAGGACAGCAGCUUCUUCCUGGAUGUCAAUGCCGCCCCGGCAACACCUCGCAGCAUGGCCGCCAUGGCAGCCGACUCCCCGCCAUCAUCCCACCCCGCGGCCGUGGCGCCUGCUCCCGGGCAGACAACCCUCCAGCAAUUCUACACCAGGCCCGGCGCCGAGGGCACAUCCUCGGCGUUGGACUUGUACUCGGUCCCGGGGCCGGGGACGCCGCCGUCGUCGCUUCCCCCGGUGGCGCCGGGCGCCUCGACACCACGCCAGGCGGGGAGCAGGCGCCCCGGGGUCUCGCUGGCCGAGACGCCCGGGAGCCGAUCCCCGGCCAGGCGCAGUCUGGUGGCCUCCCCGGGCCGGCGAGGAGCCCUCCGCCUCGGCGGCAGCGGCAGCGGCAGCGGCAGCAGGGCAUCGCCCUCGGCGUCUCCGGCCUCAUCGAUGGCCUCACUCUUUGCCGCCCUGCCGGGGCCCGCCAAACCGGCGCCAGUCGACCUGACGCCAGCCCCACUAUCCACACGCUUCGCCUCGUAUGAGGACGUUCACCGGCCGCGGCCGCAUUUGGUGGACCUGACACAUGUGUUCAAGCCUCGGGGCUCGAUCCUCAGCUACUUCAAGGCGGCCGACGACCAGCAAGGGGCCGCCCGGCUGGCGGCCGAUCAGGCGCCAGCGCUGGAUGCCACCCCCGGCGGGGGCCCGCCCCCGGCGUCGCCCAACAAACGUGCCCGCCUCGCGGACAUUCCGCCGCCGGUGUCGCCACCGCCGCCCUCGGCGCCUGGCACGCCGCCUCCCCGAAACCCGGGGGAGUUCCCGCCGGCAGCCGCUAGCCCCUCCCCCCGGCCGGCGCAGUCCCUGUGGCAGGUAUGCCCGGACUGCCAGCGCAAUAUCCCGGUGACCCAGAUGCCGGAGCAUGCGGACUGGCACCUUGCCAUGAGGCUCUCGCUCUCUCCGCAGUGA